CUCUGCCCGCCCUCCCUCGACAAUUUCUCAUUUCUCUCUCCCUCCAAUUUGCCCCUUUGUCGUUUUAGGGUUUCCGCGCUCCAACUCCUCCCCAAUUCUGCUCCCCGAUUCGCGCGAUCUCCGCCCUCCAUGGUCUCCGGCGUCGCCCACCUCCCGGACGACGACGGCGGCCGCGGCACCUCGACUUUCCAGCGCCCGCCGCAGCCCGCCGGCGCCCGGCCGUUCCUGGCCACGCCGCCGCCCUCCAGCGGGGCGCAGUCUGCUUCCACAAGCGGUGGGAGCGCGGGCUCCCCGUCCAGCCGCAGCGAGCAGCAUGUCCCCGCAGCUGCAGGGAUGGCGGAGGCCCCAGCGGCAGCGGCGGGGGCGGCGACCUCUACUCCGGCCAGCGAGAACACCUUCCUCAGACUCAAUGACCUCGACAUCCACGGCGAUGACGCGCCUUCCUCGCAAGCUCCGACGAGCAAGAAGAAAAAGAGAGGAGCACGAGCAGUUGGUCCUGACAAAGGUGGCAGGGGUUUGCGCCAGUUUAGUAUGAAAGUUUGUGAGAAAGUUGAAAGUAAAGGGAGAACAACGUACAAUGAGGUGGCAGAUGAACUUGUCGCUGAAUUUGCAGAUCCCAAUAACAGCAUUUUGCCACCAGAUCCAGACAACCCCAAUGCACAACAAUAUGAUGAGAAAAAUAUAAGGAGAAGGGUUUAUGAUGCGCUGAAUGUUUUGAUGGCUAUGGAGAUUAUAUCUAAAGAUAAAAAGGAAAUACAGUGGAAGGGGUUGCCUCGAACCAGUAUAAAUGAUAUUGAAGAUUUGCAGACAGAACUUUUAGGACUGAAAAGUAGGAUUGAGAAGAAAAAUGCAUAUUUGCAGGAGCUGCAAGACCAAUUUGUAGGUAUGCAAAAAUUGAUACAAAGAAAUGAACGGCUUUAUGGAUCGGGAAACAUUCCCUCGGGUGGAGUUGCAUUGCCAUUUAUCCUUGUUCAGACACGGCCUCAUGCAACUGUGGAGGUUGAGAUAUCAGAAGAUAUGCAACUAGUGCAUUUUGACUUUAAUAGCACACCAUUUGAGUUGCAUGAUGACUCGUAUGUACUGAAAGCCAUGAGUUCUUGUGGAGAACAAAAUGAUGGUAUUCAUGAUCUAAUUCCAAAUGGAGGUGAGAGCUCAAGCAUGCCAAAUAUUUAUAGGCAGCAAAUGCAGCAACCUGCUAGAGCAACUAAUGGUACAGCUAGAUUGCCAAGCUCACCCCCAAUUCCAGGAAUACUGAAAGGGCGAGUGAAGCACGAGCAUUAGUGUAGGGUGUUUGUUGUUCAUCGUUUCCUGGCAUGUUUGGUCCAAUGUUUUUUAUUUUUGUGUAAAGCGCCUGUAAAUUAUUGGGCAUGGGGAAAGUAGUUUGAUCUGAUUUAGCGCUGCAGUCUGCACCAGACUGAUUGGUAGAACGACGGGUGCCCUGACCAGACAUGAUAUCACUCCCCGAGUAACUUCUAACCGGCUUUUAUUCUGUUCCUUGUUUAUGGCUGAGAAAAGGCGUCUUACCAUCAUGUAAUUGUUGAAAGCACUGUAAAAUAGUUA